AUGGAUGUGAGCAGCACAAUAGUAACUGAGAAUGAAAGGGCUGAUCAAGAUGAAGCCCCUCACACCACAGAGCCCAUUUUGGUGACCUCUAUCCAGAACCUGAAGGUCAGUGUAUCUGACGCUGACAAGCUAGAGGAAAAGGAGGGGGGCACUGCUGGUGACACGGAGGCCAUUGAAGAGCAAGAUCAGGAAGAAUGUGUUGAUCAGGAGGGAGACUAUGAUAAAUAUGCACAAGUCCUCUUCACAAGCAGAAAUCCACAAUUGAAAGAGUUGUCCAGCCGCAUUGACCCGGGCCUGAGAUUGAAGGAGCUUGGGGGAUUAUACAUCAAUUUUGAUGGCAGCAAAUCAAAGACUGUCUCUAACUCCCUGAAAAAACUAAAGGAACAGAAGAGCCAAGAUGAGUUGAUGAAGAAAAGUGUUAUUGGCCCAGAGCUUGAGAAGAAAGAUGCUGUGCCUCCAUACAGGGAGUCCAAACAGGCUGUGAAACUGAAGCGCAAAGAGAGCGACUUGACAACUGGAGCCAGGUGGUUUAAUAUGCGGGCUCCUGAAAUGACAGAGUAACUAAAGGGCGACCUCAAAGCACUGAAAAUGCAUGGAGCAGUGGACCCCAAGUGGUUUUACAAGAAGAACGACAUAGAUGGAUUCCCCAAGUAUUUCCAGGUCAUAGUAGAAAGCCCUGUGGACUUCUAUCAUUCCCGUGUCCUGAAGAAAGACCGGAAGAGAACCAUGGUGGCGGAGUUGCUUGCUGAUGCAGAGUUCAGACAAAACGAGAAGAAAUACCAACAGAUCAUGGCAGAAAAAGCAGCCAUUGGUGCUGGCAAGAAGAAUAAUAAGUUCAGAAAGUGAGUGACUGAAUUGAGACCAUUAUAUGUUAAUGCCUGAAUGAAACCUGUUAAACACACAGUACCAUUUUUAAAGUGUCUGAGUGUCGAUGCAUCUGUUAAAUGUUUUAUUAACAUGAACUAUGUAUCAACAGAUUUUCUGACUGUAAUUCAAAGGUUUUUUAUCUUUAUCACAUUUUUGGGAAACAAUAAAGUACCUUACUGUGA